AUGAUUGUGAGCAACUUAGUACAAGUUAGCACAGAAAAUUUAGCUACCUUCAUUAAGACCGCCAAAGCCAUGCAAAUAACAGGACUCACUGGAGAUGGAAAUGGCUCAACUGAUAAUGACGUUGUGGAAGUUCCUGUUGAAAAACGUAUUCUACAUGUAGAAUAUUGCAAGCCAGUUUCUCUACCUAGACCAAAGAAACAACAACACCCUCCUGCUCCAAUAUCAUCUCCUUAUGUGAAGAGACAAAUACUGAGUGCUUUAACUAGUGAUACCAAACCCUUACCUCCCCUUGUUACGAAAGUUGAACCCAUAGCCCCUCAUCAACUUGUUCCUAUUGCAACACCUCAAUCUUCAUCUCUACGUUUUAAGACCGAAUCAUAUAAACAGUCGGCCAGCCUUCUAGAUGAGCCAGGUGAUGACAUGUUUAAAGAAGAUACAUUGGAUGGGACUGUAGGCGAUGAUAACGAAGAUUACUCUAUGAUGGAAAGUGGUAGUGGAGAAGAACCACAGGCAGGAACUAGUACUGAUGAAGCAGGCGAAGGCCAAGAUAUAAAUACAAUGGACUUACUACAAAAAAUCAAAAGAAAACCCAAUAUGCCAAGAUAUAUAGUUCAAACCUCACAAUUGUCCACCAGAUCAUGA